UUUUGCUGAGGGUUGAGGAAAGCCGCGAGAAAAUUCGUGGCUGAGAUUGCUCGGGAACCCGUCGAGGAGACUAGGCCGCCUCCGCUUACGGCCGCCGCUUCUUCCUUCUCCGGUCGCCAUUGCCGUCGACCUCCUCUUCCAUCCGAGAAGAGGCUUUUAGUGGGGAUGGCUUAGUGCUCGUGAUGCCCCAUAGUUGUCGCCUGAGGUGUUUUCGAGCUUCUGCUACCUAAGGUUUCAGUUGUCGGCCCCUCUUUUGUUGUCGAUCUCUUGUUUUCUUUUGGGUGUAGAUCAAGGCGACUGGACUGAUUGGGAUCAGGAGUGAGACACUUGCUGCUCCAAAUCGAGCAUCUGGUUAGAGACAUUGAGGGUGGAUUUGUUUUUUGUUCGCGCUGCUUCAUCGAUUCGAGAUAAGAGUAUGGAAGGGAACUCCUCCGAUGAAGAGUUGAGUGUUAUUAAGAAAAGGAAGCCAUAUACGAUCACUAAGCAAAGGGAGAAGUGGACUCAGGAAGAGCACACCCGCUUUCUCGAAGCUUUGAAACUCUAUGGGAGAGCAUGGCAACGCAUUGAAGAACAUAUUGGCACAAAGACGGCAGUACAAAUUAGGAGUCAUGCACAAAAGUUCUUCACUAAGCUUGAAAAAGAAGCAGUUGAGAAAGGUAUUGCCCCAGGACAAGUUCAUGAUAUAGAUAUACCUCCUCCAAGACCUAAAAGAAAAUCAAGCAGUCCAUAUCCAAGAAAGUCCAGCAUUGGCACUCUCGCUUUGGAAGAAGCAAUGAGCAGAAAACCAGAAAAAUCAAUGCCUCUCCUUGGCGAAAAUCAAGUAAUAGACAUCAAAAGUGAUUCUUCUGGAGAGAAGUUAAUGGCAAUACAGAAAUUAUCAAGAAAAAGGAUUUCAGAAGAUGCCAAUUGCUCAGAAGUUGUUAAUGCAUUUAAAGAUGCAAAAUCUAAUUCCAUCUCUUCUUUAAACAAGAUCUCUUCCAGCCAUAGUGCAUUUAUUGAAUUCUUGCCAACUACUAAGGAGAUAAUGGCGGAGAAGAUUGCAACUAACAAGUCUUCAGCUCCUCUUGAAAAUAGUAAAUCUUUUAUAGAAGAAGAAACUGAAGGACGCCUAAGAAAGUUUUCACAGCAGCAAAGCAAUUUGGGUCUAGAAGAUGAAGGAAAAACAUCAAAACUUGAAGGGCUGACAAUACUAGAUUCAUCUAAAGGUGAUCAAACCAAUGCAAAUAAGUCUACUAUGCAUGUUAGCAAUUGUAGACAGAGCAUGCAAAUUGAUGCAUCUGAUAGCCAGAACCCUUUUUCACUAACUGACCAAGUAGGUGACGAAGCAAAUGGAAGCCUGGCUUCUACUAUACCAGUCCAGGAUGCAUCGACAAUCAGUUAUUUUCAUCAGCCGCAUACAGCCUCUGUACCUCUUACCCAUCUCCACGAUGAUCAAGAUGUGUAUAGGUCAUUCUUCAACUCAUCCACAUUUCCAAGUCUUAUUGUUUCUACCUUGCUACAAAAUCCAGCAGUUCAUGCUGCAGCAAACCUUGCCGCAUCAUUCUGCCCAUCUACAGUGCUUCCUUCAACCCAGUAUAUCCCAGAAGCUCAUAAUGCACAUAUGAAUCCAACUCCAAGCUUGGAGGCUAUAGCUGCUGCUACAGUUUCUGCUGCAGCUGCUUGGUGGGCAACUCAGGGUCUAUUGCCGUGUUUUCCUCCUCUUGCUGGUUUUGCAUUUUCUCCUCCAAACAUAAAUGUUCCCUGUACAGGCAUAUCACUUCCAGUUCAUGUUACAGCUGAUGACAAUUUUCCAAAAGAGAUGCAGCAAAUUGAAGAUCAACAUAAGUCUGAGGCUAUAAAACCUCAGCAUGCCUCUUCUAAAUCAAUGUCAUCGUCUUCUUCUGGCUCUGAUGAUUGUGAUGGAAGAGAUGAGAUUUCUAAGGAACUUAAAGACACUGGAUCCAGCAAGAUAAAGACAUUAGCAGCUCACAGAUCUUCUGAUUUAGAUAAGGCUAUGAAUCAGAAGAAAGUGGAUCGCUCUUCUUGUGGAUCCAAUACGGCAUCAAGUAGUGAAGUAGAAACAUACACCAUGGAGAAGAAACAUGAAAAAGUGAAUGACGAGGGGAAAAAAGACUACGACAAUUUUUCAAAAUGUGGGUUCAACAAUUACAGGCUCAGAAGUAGCGGAAGUUUAAAUGAAUCCUUGAAGGUCUCUUCAGAGGGUCGACUAGCCUUCCAAGCAUUGUUUGAUCGAGAAGUACUUCCACAAAGUUUUUCACCUCCACAAACUGAGAAAGCUACCACUUUGAGAAAGAAGGAAACCAGUGAAUCAAAAGUUAAUCACAAGAACACCGUAUGUUGUUCAACUAAUCUGAACCAACAAGGCGACAAGUCAAAGGAAGAAAUGUAUAUAGUACAUGAAAAGCGCAAGGUUCAUCAAUCAGGGUUUAAGCCUUAUAGGAGGUGUUCAGUAGAAGCUGAAAGCAACGCAUUAGCUGAAGGAGCUGGUAGCAAAAGGAUUCGUCUGCAAGGAGAAGCUUCCUCUUGACUACAUGCUCACAAAGAAUCGUUCGUCUUCUCCUAUGUUGUUCUAUGAUUUCACAGAUGGUACCAUAAAAUUUUAGAACUCAUCUAAUUAUAUUCUUAAUUCAUCCAGCAGACCUCCCACUUGGUAAACUACUCAAGAACCUGUAUUUAAGCAAACUAAACUAAACUAAAUAAUUUUUUUCAAUGCUGUUUGUGACAUGGUCAAAUUGAAAUUAUAUAACGGCAAGUGCUUGUUCUA